AUGACUGAGCCGCUGACGCCCUUCGGCAACGCCCUUGCCGGCGCGCUUGGAGGCGUGUUCUCCAACGCCGUCAUCUACCCGCUCGACACUGUCAAGACGCGCAUCCAGGCCGACUCAGGCUCCGGCGCGGCUGCCCAGGCAGCGCAGAAGAAGCUCGGCAAUGUGCAGGGCAAGGCGAGCCUGCGCAAGAACUCGGGCCUCUUCGAGGCCGUCGUGACGAUUGCGCGCUCCAAGGAGGGCGUCGCGGGCCUGUACCGCGGCUUCAGCGCUAGCAUGGUCAACACCUUCUCGACGCAGUUCGCCUACUUCUACUGGUACUCGGUGGUGCGCACCUUGUACGUCACGCGCCUGACCAAGUCGGGCGCCGCUGCGGCUGCCGUCGGCGCGGCGGUGCAGCUGAGCACGGCCGUCGAGCUGCUGCUGGGUGCCGUGGCCGGCGGCCUGGCGCAGAUCUUCACGAUCCCGGUCGCCGUCAUCGCGACACGGCAGCAGCUGGGCGGCUCCAGCAGCGCGGCCGACCAGGCGCGACCGAGCACGCCGGCGCAGGGCGAGCAGAAGGGCCUUGCCGGCAAGGUCAGCGCCAAGGUCACCGACGACGAGAGCUUCCUCGGCGUGGCGCGCGACAUCCUCAAGGAGGACGGCAUCACGGGCCUCUGGCGCGGCCUGAAGCCCAGCCUGGUACUGACGGUAAACCCGGCGAUCACCUACGGCGUGUACGAGCGGGUCAAGAACAUCAUCCUGGCCGCGUCGACCGACGGCAAGAUGACGCCCGCCAAGAGCUUCGCCAUCGGCGCGCUCAGCAAGACGCUGGCGACGGUCGUGACCUUCCCGUACAUCCUGUCGAAGAUCCGCCUGCAGGCGAAGAACACGCCCUACACGGGCGCCAUCGACGUGCUCACCAAGAUCGCCAAGGAGAAGGGCAUCUCGGGCUGGUACCAGGGCAUGCAAGCGCAGAUCACAAAAGCAGUGCUUGCGCAGGCGCUGCUCUUCUACUUCCGCGACUACUUUGAGGUCUGGACGCGCAAGCUUAUGGCCGCGGCCAAGAAGUAG